CACUCCGUCAAGCUGAAAACAAACUCCAGAAAUGCCUCCCUGGAGCAAACUGACUCCCUGGAUCGAGAAUCUGAUCCUUAGCUACGGGAGCGGGGAUGCGUCUGGCAGCCAGCUGAGGGCUCAUGUCAUCGGGGUGGGUCAGAUGACCCAGUCCCAGGCUCGGGGCUCCGAUGGCCCGACGGGGUUGCUCUUCCUGUCCGACGGAGAGCUCAAGAUCCCGGCCGUGCUCACCGCCUCCGCCUGGGAGCAGCUCCAGGAGAAGGAGGACCGGGAGUGCUUCAGCAGCCUCCUGAACACCACCGUGUGCCUGCAGGACUACCGGCUCCGGUUCCACAUGGACCCGGAACAGACCAAGAGCCGGUUCUUCCUGUCAGUGGGGGAGCUGGCCACCACCGCGGCGGGUCCGGUUAAAGACAACACGCCCUGCUGCACCAGUUCGGCCUCGGUCCGGAUGAAGAUCUGCAGAACCUGGAGGUCCCUUCUUGGUCAGGAGGACUCCCAGCGGAGCCAGACCGGACUGGACCUGUCCGAACUGCUAGGAGAGUGGCAGCACGACUGCCUGCAGACACUGCUGCGGGACAUCCGGGAGAGACUGCUGGCUCUCAGGAACCCCCGACCCUCCACCUCUGCUUACACCCCGCCUCCGAACUGCACCAGAUGGGACCUGGACCGGGUCAGGUACAAGGGGGAACCGAGCUUCACCGUCCCGGCGAAGCUGCUUCUCAUUCCGUAUGAGAGCAAGGGACAGGCUUGCUCUGUGGAGGACGUGGAGUGGCAGAUAACCGAACCGGCAGGUGGCGAUCCAGUACAGAGUGCGGGAACUGCGGGAGAUGCGGGAACUGCGGGGGACGCGGGAACUGCGGGAACUGCGGGAGGUGCGGGAGAUGCGGGAACUGCGGGAGGUGCGGGAACUGCGGGAGAUGCGGGAACUGCGGGGGACGCGGGUGAGCGUUACCCUCUUUUGAUGGAGGACGUCGCUCCUUUCCCAGACCCAACCGCCCUGCUUUCCGCCAACCCCUGGGACAUGUUCCCCCCUCUGGGAAUCAGCCCUUCCACCUCCGACUCGUCCCCGGAGUCCACCCCGAAACUGGACUCUGCUGCCAUGGUAACCAGCACCCGACUUCCGGUUGCCAGCACCCAGCUUCCGGUUCCCAGCUUCCUGCCUCCUUACCAAAACCAACCCGCCGCCAGCUUCCCACCGAGCUCCUCAUCAGUCACCGUGAGUCCACCAGAACCUCCUGCCUCAGACGGAACCGACACCGUUCCGGAAAGCUAUAGGAAGCCCAAGAGGAAGCGAUGCGAGGCGGAACAACAACAAGAAGAGGAGGAAGAAGUCAGUGGGAGUCCGCCAUCUUGGCUCUUUGACUCCCACCUUGGAACUCCCAGAAACGAGGACAGUCCAAAACAGACCCAACCCGCCCCGAAAAAGAUCCCGGGCACUCACGGCGACGGCAGACCGUUCUCCUACAAAUACAGAGUGUCGGAUCAGAACCACCAGGACUUCAGCCGGUUCCGAGUGGCUGCCUCUCUGCUACACUGGGCUCUGCGGUAUCUGUUGACUCCGAAACCAACAGAGGAUCCGCAGAGCGUCGACUGAUUGGACUGAAGUACCGAACGCCUACAGAUCGGACUCGCUUUGUCAUGUUUAUUACCAAAAAAGUCCAAUAUUUCUUCCACAUUUGGUUUCUAGUUUUGUAUGGAGUGCCGUUUGUAAAAUUACACAAGAAAAGAUUAACAGCAAUAUUUUGGUUUAUUUCGCCUGUCA